AAGUCGAGACGAAGAGGGCCUUAGGAACAGCAGCAGCAGCAGCAGCAGCAGCAGCAGCAACAGUGGAGGAGAGACAACCCGGCUGAGGCUGAAGUGCUUCGGUGCUGCAGCACUUGCAAAUAUGUCUCCCGCCUCAGUCGCAGCAGGACAGCAGCAGCAGCAGCAGCAGCAGCACAUGCUGACGCCGAAGCAGGAGUUCUCGACAGUAAGUGAUGAGGAGCUUGAGCUAGAGCAGCAGCAGCAGCAGCAGCAGAAGCGUCGUCGGCUCUUUCGUCGUCGUUUGAUGGAUGGGGGGGAAGACGUGGCGUUUGCAGCAGCAGCAGCAGAAGCAGCAGCAGCAGCAGCAGCAACAGGACCAGGUAAUGAGAGCUGCUCCCCCUUGCUACCAAGAGAAGCGUUCUUGCAUCUCAGUGUUUCUGCUGCUGCUGCUUUUCCUCGCUUUGUUUGCGGCGGUAUUGAUAGAGAAGCGCUGCUGCGCAAGAAGAGAUUUAGAAUAACUGUCUGUAGAGGGGUCUCAGCAGCAGCAGCUUUUUAUGCUGCACCCCGCAGCAGCAGCAGCAGCAACAGCAGCAGCAGCGGGAGUAGUAGUAGUAAUAGUCAUGCGACGCUAGCACCCCCAGUGCCAGCUGCAACAAGUCCUACAAGAGCUGCUGCUGCUGCUGCUGCUGCUGCUGCUGCUGCUGCUGCACAGCAGCAGCAGCAAGCGCUUACCGACGGCAUGCCCACAAGCCUCUCCCAGCAGCAGCAGCAGCAGCAGCAGCAGCAGUUUCACUCUCCCGCCACCCCCACGACCAGCGCUAGCAGCACGAGCAACCCCAUAAACAGCAGCAACAGCAGCAGCAGCAGCAGCAGCAGCAGCUCAGGGAGUCGCGUGGGGAGCAGCAGCAGGAUGUCUAGACAAAUCGAAGCUGAGGAGUUUGCUGAGGGAGAGAUGCUGCUGUUUGCUGCUGCUGCUGCUGCUGCUGCUGCUGCUGCUGCUGCUGGUUAUGGUGGUUAUGCUGAUGAUGCUGCUGCUUAUGCUGAUGAUGCUGGUUAUGCUGAUGAUGCUGAUGCUGCUGCUGGUUAUGCUGAUGAUGCUGAUGCUGCUGCUUGUGGGCUGAAGGUUCAGGUUGCGUUUGCUGACGAUUCGGGUUGCGUAGCGUGGUGGGAUGGCGAAGUUGUUGCUGCUCCCCCGCAGCAGCAGCAGCAGCAGCAGCAGCAUCAGCAACUUAUUGUUGCUUACUGGAUAGACGAAACUACUCAACAGCGAGCAACAGUAGAAGUGCGCGACUUCGUGCCGCCUAAUGUACCGAUCACGACGCCCCGCAGCGGCUGCUGGCGGCUGCGCCCCACACCACUCUUCCCUCGCAGGAUUAAAGGAGAAGUUGAUUUCAGCAGCAGCAGCAGCAGCAGCAGCAGCAGCAGCGGGGGUGCGGGAGGCGCUAGUGGGAGGAGAAGCAGCGUGUCGUUAGGUAUGCAGGGGGCUUCGGAUAAUCAGCAGCAGCAGUUGUUGCAGCAGCAGCUACAACAGCUGCAGCAGCAGCAGCAACAGCAAGGGGCUCGACACACAGAUGUUUGGCCGGGUGCUGUUGUUGCUGUUGCUGCUGAAGGUAGCAGCAGCAUGAAGCUGCAAGAUGCUGUUGUAUUAGAUGUCUUAACUUCUCCUCCAUGCAGCUUCUACUCUCAUCAAGACGCAACCCGAUAUAAACUUCCUCACCGCAGCAGCAGCAGCAGCAGCAGCAGCAGCAAUAGUAGUAGUAGUAGUAGCGGUGGGUGCGUGGGCGGCGACAGCAGCAGCACCAGCAACAACAACAGCAACAACACCAACAACAACAACAGCAGCAGCAGCAGCAGCAGUAGUCGGCAGCAGCAGCAGCAGCUAGCGCUGCGCCCUUUGCAAGGAAGAAGACAAGGUAGAGGCAUUUGCGUCGUCGGAGUCCGUUUGUUUUUAUUUAAUGAAAGCAGUGUUGAAACAGCAAGCGCUCGCUGCUGCAGAUAUCGCUUAAACUAUGAUGUGCACCCUCAAGAUGCUCUGCAUGUGCUGCUGCAGCAGCUGUGGGUUUGGGCUGUGCCUCGAGUGCUGCCGCUUCCAGAGAAAUUCGCUGCUGCACUUGCCCAGCAGCAGCAGCAGCAGCAGCAGCAGCAGCAGCAGCAGCAACAGCAGCAGCAGCAGCAGCAGGGCGAGGAAACAAUUCAAACUCCACACACACCACUGCAAAGCCCACAACGUCCUCAGCGGCAGCAGCAGCAGCAGCAGCAACAGCAGCAGCAGCAGCAGCAGCAGCCUGUUUUGAAGCGCUCCGCUCGCAGUCGAGCUGCUGUUGGUGGUGGUGGUGCUGGUGCUGCUGCUGCUGCUGCUGGCUCUGGUGCUGCGGGUUGCAGCCCUGGAGUGAGUGCUGUAGUAAGCGCGAAGGCAGCAGCAGCAGCAGCAGCAGCAGCAGCAGAUAUCGACUGGGUAUUUGAAUUAGCUGCAAGACUGAGACUGUCUCCUUCUAGCAUUGCCUUUGCUCGGAAUGUUGUGCUGUAUAUACCCCUGGAUCUGCAGCUGCUACCGACUGUCUUUUCGUCUUCAGCUUUAUGUAAAAGAAAGAGAGGUAGGCCUCCCCGUGCUGCUGCAUCAGCAGGUGCUGCAGUUGCUGCUGCUGCUGCUGCUGCGGCCCAGCAGCAACAGCAACAGCAACAGCAGCAGCAGCAGCACGCAGCAGCAGCAGCAGCUGCGGCUGACAGCUCAACUCCUCACCAUUCCCCUUCAACAACAACAACAGCAACAGCAGCAGCAACAACAGCAGCAGGAGCAGCAGCAGGAGCAGGAGAACGACAGCAGCAGCAAGCCCCGCUGUUUGCUCUUGGCGUUGCAGAGCUGCUGCAGCCAGAUCUUGAUCUGCAUGCACUGCUUGAAGGGCGAUGGAGUGUACGUACACUUGAGUGGGCAUUCGCUGUGAGGAGACAUCUGCGGCAGAGACAUCUAGGGGUUUUCAGAAAGCCAAAAGAGACAGCGCAGCAGCAGCAGCAGCAGCAGCAGCAGCAGCACAUGCAGCAGCAGCAGCAGCAACAUUUGCUGCAGCAGCAGCAGCAACACAACUUGCAACAGCAACACAACACGCCGCAGCAACCACCAACGCAUGCAGAAACACAAAUCCAAACCCAGCAGCAGCAGCAGCAGCAGCAGCAGCAGCAGCAGCAGCAGCAAGAGCAAGAUUGCAGUCUGGCAGCCCCAACCGGACGCCGCUUUAGGACAGUCAGAUCGCAGCAGGCUGCAGCAGGAAACAGGACCCCAACAGCAGCAGCAGGAGCAGCAGCAUUUUCCUCACCUGCUGCUGCUGCUGCACCCAGCGCUGUGUCGCCCCACAACAACAGCAGCAGCAGCAGCAGCAGCACUGUGGGAGGCCCCUCUGCUGCAGAGCGCAGCAGCAGGAGAGAGCGCUAUUGCAGGAUGGUAGCAGCAGCAGCAGCAACUUCAGGUGCAGGGAAUCCAGUAGCAGGUGAAGCAGCAGCAGCAGCAGCAGCAGAGGGAGAGUUUUUGCUGCCGUUUGUCGAUGGAGGUGUUUCGUUUGAUUGGCGAAGCGAAGGUAGAGACUCAGAUGCUGCUACACCCUCAACUCCUGUUGCUGCUGCUGCUGCUGCUGCUGCUGCAGCACAGCUGCCGCAGCUGCCGCCUCCUUCUCCCCUCGCGGGCUUCCUCCCUGCUGCUGCUGUUGCUGCUGCUCCUGCAGCAGAUUCUGCAGCAGCACCGCACGAAGCAGCAGCAGCAGAGGGUAUGGGGGCAACAAAGCAGCAGCAGCAGAGGAGACAGCAGCAGCAGCAGCAGCAGUACCAACCGCAGAAACGGAAGCAUCAGGCAGCAGUUGGAGUUUCUUCUGCUGCUGCCGAAGGCAUUGAAGCAAAAGCAGCAGCAACUGCUGCUGCUGCUGCAGCUGCAGAUGCAUCUGCGGCUGCUGCUGCUGCUCCCCCGACAAAGGUGCAGCGGGCGCCGCUACAGCAACACGCAGCAGCCAGCAGCAGCAGUGCUAACGAUUGCUAG